CGUCUCCAUGAAAAUCUUCAAAGUGAAACUGUCUGAUGAAGGAACAUACAGAUGUUUAAUUCCCUCAGUACAGAAAGAAGCUUCUGUCCAGCUCCUUGUUGGUGCAGUCUCCUCACCUACUAUCAGUUUAGCAGGACUUGAUAAAUCCAUCAGUGCAGUGGUGUUAGAGUGUGAGUCUAAAGGCUGGUAUCCAGAGCCUGAGGUGUUGUGGCUGGACGGUGAGGGAAACCUCCUCUCUGCUGGACCUACAGAGACAGUCAGAGGUCCUGAUGACCUCUAUACUGUCAGCAGCAGAGUGACUGUGGAGAAGAGACACAGCAACAGCUUCACCUGUAGAGUCCAACAGAACAAAACCAACCAGACCAGAGAGACAAAGAUUCAUGUUCCAGGCGAUUAUUUUGCGGUAACACAUUGCCCCAUUGUUCCUGCCUGCAUCAGGAAGGUGAUUUGUAAUAAUCACAUGAUGAGGACCAGAGAUGAAGGUGUGGCUGCUAUACUAAUGGAUCAGAAAACUGGCUUGGAGAAUCUGAGAAAUCAAAUCAAACGUUUACUUGAUAAGGCAGAGAGAGAAGUGGAUGAGGACAUGAAGAUGCUUCAGUCACUGAAGAGAAAAAAGACAUCUGACAACUCAAAGGACUUAUUGAGAGAAAAAACUUAUUUAUUAGAUCAGAGAAAGAAGGUUUAUGUGAAACUGUUACGAGACACAGAGACACUGGCUUGA